AUGGCCGUCUGGAAGCACAACGCCAGAUCACUCACCUACGUGCACGAGUUUGGCCAUUACUUCUUCAAAAUGCUACUGCACCAGGACUUUGAGAUCAUGCAACUGCCUCGUUAUCUCAAAGAAGACACGAAGGAGGACCUGCGUGAUCGUGCCAAGUGUCCUUACGCGUUUGUACCCAACACGGAGAGCAAAUCCUACAACGAGUUUGUCUCUGCCACACCUGAACGAUUUGAGACGUUCAACAAGAGGAUUGCUGCCAUGGGUGCCCAAAUGAAAAUGCUUGGAAUCUUUCCGUUUGGUUCCCUUAAGCAACAAGUUGGGGCAGGAUCCGAUCGUGCAUUCAUUGUCGAUGCGGGCGGUUGA